GCUGCAGUUGUGUUGACUGCGACUACUCAGCAAUAGUCAUCAUCGUCUGCUGCAUCUUCGUUCCACCUGCCCUGCUUCCCUGCUCUUCCCACCCGAUCUUCCUCCCGCCGAUUGCAAUGGAACAACAGCCGCCCCUCGCCACCACCGACGCCCCCGGUUCCUCCACCACCGGACCUGCCCCCUUCCUUCUGAAAACCUAUGACAUGAUCGACGAUUCCUCCACCGACGAAAUCGUCUCCUGGAGCAGCACAAAUUCCAGCUUCAUCGUCUGGAAUCCCCCCGAGUUCUCCUCCCGCCUCCUUCCCACCUACUUCAAGCACAACAACUAUUCCAGCUUCAUCCGACAGCUCAACACCUAUGGUUUUCACAAAAUCGAUCCCGAGCGUUGGGAGUUCGCAAACGAAGAUUUCAUCAAAGGGCAGAAACAUCUGCUCAAGAACAUCCACCGCCGGAAACCAAUCCACAGCCACAGCCAACCGCCGGCGGAUGCCGAGCGAGCCGCGCUUGUAGAGGAGAUAGAGAAUCUACAGAAGGAGAAAGCCAGACUUCAAGCGGAUUCAUGGCGCUUUAAGCAGCAGCAUUCAAUCGCUAGAAUUCAGCUUGAACAUGUCGAACUGAGGAUGCAGGAUAUGGAGCAGAGGCAGGAAAAGAUGGUGGCAUUCCUCCAAAAAGCUGCUCGGAACCCGAAGUUUGUGGAGAAUAUCGUGAAGAUGGCGGGCGCUCAGGACUUCUCCACGCUCCAUAGAAAGAGGAGGCUUCCGGAGGCCGAUUGCUGUCCUGAGAUUUCGGAGAACAGUUUUUGUGAGAAUUCUGUUAAUUCCACCCGCAAUUUGAAGGUUGGGGAAGUCGGGGAUUUACUCAACCAGGAGCUGUGUGAUAGAUUGAAGCUAGGGCUUUGUCCCUCACUUUCAGGCAAUGAUUGGAACGAAGACAAUGGAGGCAACCUUCUCAGGAUGGACUGCCUUCCAUUAGGCACCGGGACACCUGAGCUUUCAGACUCCGGAGCUUCUUUCUGCCCUAGAAAGAAUUCAUUGUUGAUGACAGAACUUGAUGAAGGUAAUGAUGGGCUACUUUCCUGCCACUUGGAUCUCACUCUUGCUUCGUCCUCAAUGCAAACUGAUAGAAUCGAUCAAUUGAACAGAAUUCCAAGCACGAUUGAUCUGGCUGUGGCUGUUGUGGUUGAUCAGAGCACAACUAACAGUAGCAAAGAGGUUGGUGUUGAUAAGAUGGUGGCAGUAAAUAAGCGGGAGGCUGGUCCUGCUACUGGAAGAGCUAAUGAUAAGUUCUGGGAGCAAUUCUUGACAGAAAGACCAGGGUCUUCAGAAACAGAAGAAGCAAGUUCCAGUUUGAAGGAGGAUGAAGAAGAAGAAGAAGAAGAAGAGAUGGCCCUCGAGCAAGAGAACAAGUGGAGGAACGUUAAAGGAAUGGAGCAGCUGACUCUUUGAAUGAAUAUCUCUGGUUUCUUGCUUGACUCUGUGUUUUGUUAAAAGCAAUUCAUAAAAAUGGCACCUUUAACGUUGUAAAUGAAGCCAUAUGAUUUGUUUUUUGUUAGCUUUUCUCAUUUAAUGUAGAAAUUAUCGUUAUUUGAUUGAAAUUCACACUCUUGAUAUUAUUACA